GUGACAGCGCUUUACUGUGCGCAUCUGGGAUGAAUUAAUGCAGAAAUGUGAGCGAAGAUAUUCAAAUCUUGCGAUGCAGGGACCCUGUUUGUGUUUCGCAUGAAGGGGAGGAUGAAAUCUGCAAGAUGUGACUGAGGACAGCCGCAGAUUAAUUUGAAUCGGCAUCGCAGGAGCUGAGGGUUGAAUUCACAGGACCUUCUGAAAUAAGUUAUAUGGAGGUCAAGUGUCGCCUGAUCACUGCCAUGGGCUUAGGGACUCCAGAUGUCCAGGGCUGUCAGGACAGCAAGCUGCAAGCCGAACGAAUCUCAGAGCUGCAUGAACGGAAACAGAAUCUACAGAGCCUUUUAAACAGUCGUCUUGGAGAGCUGCGACAAGUGUGCCUUCAGGAGGCAGAACUCACAGGAAAGCUUCCACGUGAUUUUCCUUUAGAAGCAGGGGAAAGACCUCCAUUUGUUCAACGAGCUGGCCUGGUCCCUCAUGUUACCACAAAAGAAGAGGAUGACUCAGGCCAGCGAAGGCAGAUGAAGACCCUCUUCAGUGGCGCUUUGCGCCGGAGCAUAGAUUCUGAUAAAAACACAUUGCACAAUAAGAGGACUGUUCACAGGGGAUGUCACACAGAGGAAACUAUGAAGUCAGAGAGCAGUUCGAUGUCAGACUCAACAUCUCAUGACAACGAGGAUUCAUCUCCCAGUGUGGCACCUGAGCAUCGCUCCUUGUCUCACCCCCGGCUGGCCCCAGGCAGUCCUGACAGCAGGCUCUGCAGAAAGCUGUCCCCUGUGGAGAUCUACUACGAGAUGAGGACUCGCCGCAACUCUGCCUCAAGCUCUGUGAGACCGGAGAUUUCUGGUGGUAUUGCACUAAAGCAGUGGUGUGGCAGUCCAGACGUCCCUCAGUUUAUACCGCUGGCAUCAAUGGAAGGCUCCUCCUCUGAGCGUCGCAGCUGCCCCUACAGCUCCCGCGCUCGUCGUAGCAACAGCUCUGAGGCACUUCUUGACCGCUCAAGUCUCCCAGAGCCUGGACCUCCCCGCAAUGGUAUGCCACACCGAGCAGGACCGUACAAGAGCUCGGAGUCCCUCACAGACGGAAAACGCCGUCAGAUCUAUCAAGGCAGCCCAGAGAGACAGAUGAUGGGAUUUAAAGAGCAGGGUCGAAUGCGCUCCUCUCUUGGUGGCCAAAGCAGUGGGACAGGUUACAGUGAAAUUUUAAUGGAGUACAUAUGGGGCAAACAGCAAAAGGGACCAGUGCAGACUCAGCAGAACCAGUCAGCAGGACGAAUCUGGCCAGAUUUCUCCACUCCUCCAUCAGGCACUCCUCCACACUACAAUGGUUUCUCUCACUCGCAGUUGCAUCUGGCCGCGGCCCCACCUUCCUAUAGCCCCAUGCUGUUGCGCGGCCAAGAGGCCGAACCCCGCCGGGUCAAAGUGACCCGAACGAAAUCCUGUGGCCCCUUCAUUACUUUGCAGCAGCAUCCACAGGAUGCUGUGUUGUUCUCAACCUAUGAUCCAUCACUCCCUUCCUCUGGAUCCACCACCUCUUCGAUUCCCAACCUGCUACCCCAUCACGCAGAGCUGUCUGCUGGAGCAGCUCUCGGCCGCAGACCUCUUCAAUUUUCUCUUCCCACCACUGAGGACUCUACGCGCAGUCUGCACAAAGCACUGGCUCUGGAGGGACUCCGGGACUGGUAUAUGAGGAAUGCCUUGGGUUAUUCCACUACGGCCAAAGGUCAUGAUGGACUAGGUAUGCGCCAUUCACAUACUUACCACCUGGUGCACCAGCCUCAGUCCAUUCCAGCCGACCCACUGUAUUCACAUCGUCAAAUACCUCAAUCAGCUUCGUUUCAUGGGCAUCCCUUGCAUGCCAGGUCUGUGGAGCUCUCUCUCUACCCAGAGCCUUUCCCCUCAGAGGGGAGCACUAAGAAAGAGUCAGGCUCCGAGCUCCCUUCACCUGGAACGCUGGUCUGAAUGGCAGCCAACAUACCCUAUGGUCUCCAUGAUACAAUAUGACACCUUGUUUUAGGGAUGCACAGGUCUGAGGCUGUACUUCUGUACCCAUAAUCGUUAAUAUACUCAGAUAUCAAAAUCUGAUACAUGCAUUGCAUAUGCAUAAUAUGCAUAAACGUUGCCUCAUGGGCAGCAAAACAAGAAAGAAGUGGAUUUGUCAAAUGUUUUCUAACUGCAUGGGUGCAGAUCACAUCUAGCAUGCGCACAGACGAGCAGGUGUACCAAGCGCAUUUUCCUUGAAUGUCCUAUGAGUCCUAUAUCAAAAUAUUUCAAUCACAACCCUCAAAUCACCAGUCCCACUUGACUGUACUUGAAAAUUACAGCAUUACAGGUAGUGGCGAAUACCAAAAAGAAUUGGUACUCAUUCUGUCUGAAAAUGGUAUCAGUGCACCCUACCUUGUUCAGUAAUUAAAGGAAUAGAUCACCCAAUAAUGAAAAUUCUCUUAUUUAAUCACCCUCAUGCCAUCCCAAAUGUGUAUGACUUUUUUCUUCUGCAGAACACAAAGAUUUUUAGAAGAAUAUCUCAGCUCUGUAGGUCCAUACAAGUGAAUGGUGACCAGAACUUUCAAGCUAAAAAAAGCACAUAAACGCAAUAUAAAAGUAAUCCACAUGACUCCAGUGGUUAAAAAUAUGUCUUCAGAUGCGAUAUAAAAGGUGUGGGUGAGAAACAGAUCAAAAUUAAGUCCUUUUUCCUGGAGAUUUAUAGUAAAAAAAAAAAAAAAAGGUUAGAAAUAUUGGUCUGUUUCUCACCUAAAGUGAUUGCAUUGCUUCUGAAUAUAUGUAUUUAACCACUGCAAUCCUAUGGAACACUUUUUAUGCUGCCUUUAUGUGAUUCACUUGCAUUAUAUGGACCAACAGUGCUGAAAUAUUCUUAUAAAAAUCUUAAUUUGUGUUCAGUAGCAGAAAUGGUGACACAUCUGGGAUGACAUUGAGGGUGAGUAAAUGAUGAUUGAAUUUUCAUUUUUGGGUGAACUAUCCCUUUAAAGGAAGCAUCUUGAACAGAACUGAAAUUGAGUAAUCAAGGUGUUUUGCUUUCAUAGCUCUAGAGUUGCGUUUGACCGUAAACCAGUUUAUCAGGAGUUUAUCAUAUUUGUUUUUCGUUCUGUGUAUUAAUGGGAUGUUAUUGUAUUGUGUAUUUUCAGAUGAAAUUCAUCUUCUCUGCUUCAUCCUGAGAUAUAUAUUUUCUGAAACUAAAAUAGAUUAUAAGAUGUAUGUAUUAUAAAUAACUAUUUUGUAUCUAAUAUGGUUCAGGUGAACAGUCAAUGAAUUAUAUACAAGUCUACUCAGAGUUUAUCAAACUCAUGCAUUUUAAUGUACUAUAACAGCAGUGAAUGUUGCAUAUCUGUUUGUUUAUAUAUCUAUAUCUAUGUAGCUACUGUAUGAAUAAUAUGAUACAAGUAUUUCAUACAGAGGGCUUUGAAUUGGGGGUAAUCGUUCACUUGGAGGGCUUAUGUUUUCAGAAAUCUGAUGUCUGUUAUGGAAAACUCAGAAAUGUCCAUACUGUCUACGCAGAAAACAUGCCAAAAAAAGUCGAAAAUGAUUUUAAAAUGAAACCAAGCAUCCCAGUGACCUUCACACAGAGUCCAAAUAUUGCACUGUGACGAUCCACUUUGUGAUGCCAAACAAUUCAAAUUUCGAACACUUUUGAGAGAAUGACAAAAAUUCAGCGUCAAGAACUUGUUUGAGAAUAUAUUUUAUACUUGAGUGUCGUUUAGUCGCAGGCCACGUCCACGCUAAUCAAUUUAAGUUUGAAACCUCCGUUUUCUGUUUACUAACCAGUGUUGGGUGUAAAUGGAUUACAGGGUUAAUCGUUACUGUAAUCUGAUUACUUUUAGGCAGGUAGUGUAAUACAUUACAUUUUAAAUUCUUGUAAACAGUUUUCAUUGAAAGUACAUUACUUGGUGUGGCAGGGCGGAGGGCGGGGCCGGGUCGUGAUCCUACACACCCGGUCCCGUAUUAGGCUAAUCAAGCCUUCAAGAGGGAUAAAGGUCGACUGCAGAGGAUCGUGCUGGGGAGAGAGAGAGAGAAAGAUCGUUAACGGACAUGUCCGUCAUGUGUGUGUUUGUCUUUUGUUUAAGUUUUAUAUUAAACUAUUAUUUAUAUUGACAAGCCGGUUCUCGCCUCCUCCAUUCCAUUGAACUACGUUACACUUGGGUUACAAAUAUUUGUAAAAAAUUAUGUGUAAUACAAUUCAAAUGUACAUACGUUUGCAUUUCUGUGAGAGCUGAGAGGUGUGCGAAAAUGAACAAGGAGAAAAUAUACAAUAUUUUGAAUUUCUUGAGUGGAACUUUGUGUUUUAGAAAGUAACUUAUAAGUAAAGUAAUUAGUCAUUUGAUUACUGAUUACUUCAUUGAAAAGUAAAGUAAUCUGAUUAUAAUUUUAGAGAAGUAGUUAGUCAUUUUAUUUAUUUAGUUAGUCAUAGUAGUUAGUUAGAUAAAAUAAAAUUGUAACUUGAAGUUCCUAACGUCGUCAUUUUCCAGAGUGUGCAGUUAUGGAAAACGUUUUCAUGGGAAUACGCCGUUGUAGCGUAGAUGAGACGUGUAAACGUAGCAAAAUCAAUGAGUUUUCAAACAAAAAAGUAUUGGCAUGGAUGUGGCUGCGCAUUGUACUUGGAAACACCCUUAAUAGAAUAUAAUUAUAGAUUAUUCAACCAAUUCUUGCUAGACAUGUAAAGCAGUGGCAUAAGCUGGCCUUAUGUCAACAUUCUUGAGGGGGGAAACUAUUUGUGAUUGUCUCAACCAGUUAACUAAUGUUAUCAUACUGUUUAUUUAUUAGUGCAGUAACUUUUCAAGUCAUAUUGUUACAGUGUCUGACUUGAUUUAGUUUUUCUUUGGACUGUUUGUCCUUAAAUACAGCAUAUUGACUUCAAUAACUUCAUGCUGCAAUAACUACACAUGUCUGGCUAAAUGUUGUUAUUACUGUUUAGACAGUUUCUGAAGAUUGCCCUUGAGUUGCCGUAUAGCUCUUUUAGAUACAAAACUUUAACCUUAUGCUGUGAUGAAUGUUUGACUUGACUAAGUUGGUUUAAGUUUCAAAUGAUGGUUCAUUUAAUACUGGAUAAUGAGACUUGAAAAAAUGGAUGAUACUAAUUCAUAUGUAGUUGCUACUCUUCAUCUUGCAGGUUUGUGAGGUGCCUCCAGCAGGUAUCUGAAACUCAUGACCAAACAGCUGUGCAUUGCUAGUCUCUUUUAGUGUUUUUUGUGACAUAAAUGUCUGUACUGUUAUUAUACAUAAUUAAAAUUAUAUGU